UUACGGGCUGACUGUCGCCUCGCUUACGUUUAGCAUAAGUUUGGUAUUUCGGAGGGGAAACGUUAAAGUCAUAUUGCAUUACUGGGCUGUUAUUAAUUUUGUCGACAAACUUGUGAUCGAGCCAGGGAUUAUCAUCACUGCUGUACUUUCCGUCUGUAUUUACAACUCUGUCGGGAAAUACCCCUAGAAUUUUACAGAAUGUAUCACCCGGAGUCUGCUGGAGACUCGGCAAGUACUAGGAAGAUGGCGCACCCGGCAAUAUUUCCUAGAAGGGGUAGUUUCACCGGCAGCGGUAGUGCCUCCGCGUUGACAUCAGUGGCCAACACGAGCGUUAGCAAUAAUGUUAUUCCGACUGAUAGCUACCAGUCUCCCUUGGUGAUACAGCCUCCACCCCCGGCCGGCUCUUCGUCCCCCGGGCCGCAGCAUCACCCUCAAAGCCUUAACCUCCAGUCCCAGCUGCAGUCUCAGACCCUGCAGGUCGGGGGGCAGGUGAAAAAGAAAAGUGGCUUCCAGAUCACCAGCGUCACGCCGGCGCAGAUCUCAGUCAGCACCAACAACAGCAUCGCGGAGGACACGGAGAGCUAUGACGACCUGGAUGAGUCGCACACGGAGGACCUGUCUUCGUCGGAGAUCCUGGACGUGUCGCUCUCACGGGCCACCGACAUGGGGGGGCCGGAGAGGAGCUCCUCAGAAGAGACUCUGAGCAACUUGCACGAGGCGGAGACGCCGGGCGCCGUGUCCCCGAAUCAGCCUCCGCUCCCUCACCCCCACCCCCAGGCAGCCCAGCAGGGCCCCAUGGUGAACGGGACCGCGCACCACCAUCACCCCCACGCCGGCCACCACCCCCUUCCCGGGCCUCACCAACAACAAGCGCACGCCCCCCACCCUGGGGUCGCUCCGCCAUCCCUGUCGUCGUCCGGGGUGCCUGUAGGGGGCGCCGUUCCUGUCGCCGUCACCUCCGCCUCAGGGGCCUUGCCCAGUGUCACUCAGAAGCUGCCGAUAAGUGUGGUGUCGUCUGUGGGGAGUUCUUCUGUGAGUAAAGCCGGCGUCGUGACCCAGCCUUUGGCCCCAGGGGUCGGGACAGGGACGCCGUCUGUGGCUGCAGUCGCCGGGGUGAAUGUCGCGACUGCCAUGAGUGCCGCCGGCGAUGCGAGUGUGCCGAGGCUGGCCGCCGUGCCCGGCCUGGGAGGUAUUAGCGCCGGCGGCGCCAGCCUCCCUCCCACCGCGGUGAACCCGAAUGGCGGAGGCCCGAACGUGAACCCCAUGCAGCAGCAGCAGAGCAUGGGGCUGCCUGCCAGCGUUGCCAUGACGACAGCCGCCGUGCUGGGGUCUGCGGGCGGCUGCCCGGCCGGCGUGGCAGCGGUGAUGCCUCAGCCGUCCGUGGCAGCCCCCGUCCACGCCCAACCUCAACCCCAAGCACAGCAGGCUCAGGCUCCGCCUCCAGCCUCCGCUGCCACCACCACCACCACCGCCACGGCCGCCACCGCCAGCUCCCGCUUCAGGGUGGUGAAGCUGGACUCCAACUUGGAGCCGUUCAGGAAGGGCCGCUGGACUUGCUCAGAGUACUACGACAAGGAGGCCCCCUCGGCGGCACCUGCCUCGGACCCGCAGCCCGGCCACAGGGUGGUGGAGAGCCUGCGGCAGCCGGCAGCCGAGGGCGCGGCCUGCCCCGAGCGGGAGAGUGCCAGCGGCGGCUCUGUCAGCAGCACCCUGAGCCACUACAGCGAGGGUGUGGGCAGCGGCGAGCCAGGAGGCCCCGCAUCCCAGCAGGCCUUUCAGCUGCAGGACUAUGCCUCCCCUCCAGGCGUCCAGCCCGCCCUCGCCGGCCCCUCCCAGGCACAGACCACCCAGCCCCUCCUGCAGCAGCAGCAGCAGCCGGAUUUGGGACACCCCCUCCUGAAGGCCGCCGUCGCUCCCUCCCCGGUGCCCGCCGUCGUGCCCAAGCAGGCCGGGCAGCCCGUGCACGCUCAGGGCUACCCCGCCGCCCAGCCGCAAGCGCCCACCACCCAUGCCGUGCCCGUCGCCCAAGCGACCGGCCAGCCGCCCGACUUCCUGCAGCACCAGCCGCUCGUCCAGGCCGCCGUGGCCCCGGGGUCGGCGCACCCUCUGCCCCACAUAUCCGGCAGCGUGUCCGCGGCGGCGUUGCCUGGCAACAGCCACGCGAUGGCGGCCGGGCAGGCAGCGGUUGGCGGCGUGCCAGCAGUGGCAGCUCAGAGCCUUCCUCAGGGACACCUGCAGCAGCAGCAGGCCCCGGGCCCCCAGAUGCCCCAGGCCCCCCAGGGCGGGGUCAUGCCGCAGAUGCUGGCCCAGCCCCUGCCCAGGACCCAGCCGCUGCCCUCCCAGCUCCCUGCCGACCAGCAGCUGCCGCCCAGGACUCAGUGCCCGACGGGCCAGCUGGCCUCCGCCGUCACCCUCACCCAGGUGCCUCCCAGCCUCCCGCUUGACCCCCAGCCCGGCCUCGCCCCCCAGCCGGCGCCCGGCGUGGCCCUCGCUCCGGGUCAGGUGCCUGCGCCGGCCGCCGGGGCCCGUUACGCCGGCCCACCCGCCUUGUCCGCCGCGCAGCUGGAGGACGCCCGGCGCCUGCUCUUCCAGCACCAGUCCCUGCUGUCCCUGCCCAAGCUGGCGGCCGGGGAGUGUGCCUCGGAGGCCGCCGCCCCCAUCGGGCCGGAGGACGGCGGCGGCGCCACUGCCUUACCCGCCUCAGCCGGCCUGCUUCCCCUCAAGAGCCUGCCUGUGGACGGAGAGGAGGACAGUUCUUCGGGUGCCAGUGUGGUGGCCAUAGACAACAAAAUUGAACAAGCAAUGGAUCUAGUGAAGAGUCACUUGAUGUAUGCCGUGCGGGAGGAGGUGGAGGUUUUGAAAGAACAGAUAAAGGAGCUCAUCGAAAGGAACUCACAGCUGGAGCAGGAGAACAACCUGCUGAAAACCCUGGCCAGCCCCGAGCAACUCGCACAGUUUCAGGCACAGGUCCAGAGCGGCUCGCUGCCGGCGUCCGCGCAGCCGGCGGGGACCGCUGCGCAGCAGCCUGUCCAACCCGCGCAGCCGGCCGCCCAGAGCUCCGGGCCCUCCGCGUAGCACGUCCCGGCUGCCUGC